GUUGUCUUUAUAUACAGAAGAUCAAUUCAGCAUAUAUUAAGUAAAGAUUUCAAUAGUUUGUACCCACACAGAAACACAAAGUGUAAAAUACUGUUUGAGUACUAGUUAUAGCAUUAAAUCAUGAUGUACAGCACAUUAAGGACAGAGAUCCUACAUGAGGAGUAAGUGCAACAACUCCUGUUGUUGACUUAACAAAUUGACACUCUUGUUUAUGGUGUCAGUAAUCCCCCUAGGCUCUUGUCAUGAGUUGCCAAGGCUAUGGAAGCCUUUUGAGUUCGCUGACUCUGAUCUUAUUUAGACAAGGCCAUAGUCAAAGUGGAAGUUCUCUCCUCCCUUCAGAGAAAGGUACUUCCUUCUUUGAUGGCCUGUUCUUUCCGCUGGGAUCUCACUCACAGAGAUCUUGCAUUUAGCUUUUUUUGUUUGUUUGUUUGUUUUUUUUUGCCAGAGUGUCUUGUCUUUCCAUGCCUGAAAUACUCUCAUGGGCAUUUUAGCCAGAUCUGAAUGCCUUAAGGGCUGAUUCUGAGGCCAGAGUGCUGUUUAGGACAUCUGCCAUUCUAUGAGUCUUGUAGCAGUAAUUUUUAAAAAUUUUUUUAUUUGUUUAUUUGAAAGAGUUACAGAGGGCCGGCGCCAUGGCUCACUAGGCUAAUCUUCCACCUGCGGCACUGGCACUUCAGGUUCUAGUCCCGUUUGGGGCGUGGGUUCUGUCCCGGUUGCCCCUCUUCCAGUCCAGCCUCUCUGCCGUGGCCCGGGAAUGCAGUGGAGGAUGGCCCAAGUGCUUGGGUCCUGCACCCGCGUGAGGGACCAAGAGGAAGCACCUGGCUCCUGGCUUCGCAUUGGCCCAGCGCCCCGGCCAUAGUGGCCAUUUGGGGGCUGAACCAAUGGAAGGAAGACCUUUCUCUCUCUCUCUCUCUCUCUCUCUCUCUCUCUCUCUCUCUCUCUCUCACUAUCUAACUCUGCCAGUGAAAAAACAAAAACAAAACAAAAAAAAGAGUCACAGAGAGACAGAGAUCUUCCAUCGGCUUGUUCACUCUCCAGUUGGCUGCAAUGGCCGAAGCUGUACCAAUCCGAAGCCAGGAGCUUCUUCCUGUCUCUCACAUGGAUGCAGAGGCCCAAGGACCCGGACCAUCUUCUGCUACUUUCCCAGGCUAUAGCAGAGAGCUGGAUUAGAAGUGGAGCAGCCAGGACUUGAACCAGCGCCCAUAUGGGAUGCUGGCACUGCAGGCAGUGGCUUUACCCACUACACCACAGCACUGGCUCCUGUAGCACUAAUUUUUAAAAUGCAUACUUUUUAUUUAUAUGGUUAAAUCAUGUAAUUAAUUUAAAUUCAAAGUUUGAAUCUAAGCAUUAGCCAUGCCCAAGAAAUACUUUAGGUACCAGGGGUGUAACAGUAGCUGAUACUGCCAGAGUUCCUGAUCUGAAGUGGAAUACAAUACAGUUAAGCUGGAAUAAGAUGACCACAGUCACAGGGAAGAAGCGGAGAGUUGGAAAGUUGAUCAAUGGAAAGUUUACCAUGUUUUGAAGUUUUCUGAGACGUUAUUCUAGUAUGUUAUUUUUAUAUAACAUGGAAUUUUCUUUUUUUGGGGGGGAGGUUUUAUUUAUUUGAAGGCAGAGAGGGAGAGAGGUCUUCCAUCGGCUGGUUUAUUCCCCAGAUGUCUGCAAUGGCUGGAGCUGGGCCCAUCCGAAGCCAGGAGCCUGGAGCUUCUUCCAGGUCUCCCAUGUGAGUGCAGGGGCCCAAGGACUUGGGCCAUCCUCUGCUGCUUUCCCAGGCUAUAACGGAGAGCUGGAUCAGAAGAGGAGCGCAGCCAGGACUAGAACUGGCGCCCGUAUGGGAAGGUGGCACUGCAGGUGACAGCUUUACCCACCAAGCCACCGUGCAGGCCCCCAUGAUGGGGUUUCCUAAGCCACAUCUGAAGAUCUUUUUCUUCUAAUAGCUGAGUUUAACCCAGCUGUGUCUCUUGGAACCUAUAUUCCAGUUAUGUUUGCUGUUGCCAUCAAUUUCCUUUUUAUUAUACGGCAUGUUUUCUUCCUCCUUUUACUACUCCCUUUCUAGAUAGACUUUAGUAUUCUUUGUUUUUUAACCAAGGAAAUGGCAAAUAGUGUACUCACAGAUUGAGAAACACUGGGGCAGAAUCUAAGAAACUGAAAUGGAAUAAUAGCACAAACUGGUAAAUGCUUAGUGUUAAUGCACCCUUUGGUGCAGAGAUGUUUACAGUAAUAUUAACUUGUCAUCUUGCUAACUUUCUGUGGGAUGCUUUGUUUUACAUUAAAAGCCUUUUUCUUUGUUAUUUUAUACUUUUUGUUUUGCAUUUUUUAAACAAAUUCCUUUUUGUGCUUUUAAGAUUUAUUUAUUUAUUUGAAAGUCAGAGUUACACAGAGAGAGGAAGAGACAGAGAGAGAGAGAGAGAAAACCAUCCACUGGUUCACUCCCCAAAUGGCUGCAAUAGCUGAGGCUAGGCCAGGCCAAAGCCAGGAGUCAGGAGUUUCUUCGAACUCCUAUGUGGGUGUGAAGCCCAAGCCUUUGGGCCAUCUUCAACUGUUUUCUCAAGCACAUUAGCAGGGAGAACUGGAAGUGGAGAAGCUGAGUCUCAAACCAGCGCCCAUAUGGGAUGCUAGCAUCACAAGUGGGGACUUUAUCCACUGUCCCACAACACUGGUCCCCAAGAAUUCUUUUUAUUUUAUGCUGCCUUCAAAUUGUGGUCUGUGGUGCCUUUUAAUAAUAAUGCUAUAAAGCAUUAUCUGCCAGGGGCUGGCGCUGUGAUGUAGCAGGUAGGGCUGCCGCCUGCAGUACUGGCAUCCCAUGUGGGCGCUGGUUUGAGUCCUGGCUGCUCCACUUUUGAUCCAGUUCUCUGCCGUGGCCUGGGAAAGCAGUGGAGGAUUGUCCAGGUCCUUGGGCCCCUGCACCUGCAUGGGAGACCUGGAGGAGGUUCCUGGCUUCUGGCUUUGGAUCGGCACAGCUGUGGCUGUUGUGGCCGAUUGGGGAGUGAGCCCGCCGGUGGAAGACCUCUCUCUUUCUGCCUCUCCUCUUUCUGUAACUCUGACUUUCAGAUAAAUAAAUAAAUCUUAAAAAAAAUAAAACAUUAUUUGCCAAUUUCACUGUAUUAACAUUUUUAUUGAUAGCACAAAGCAAUGGUGGGUAUAUUCCUGAUGCAAAGCUGUAACAGUGGUAAACUCUAAUACUGUGUUUUCUACUGGUGGGUACUUUAGUACAAAAGAACAUUCCAGUUACAUUAAAGCGUGCUGCCGAUGAAGCUGUAAUGACAGUUUUAGUUCUUGCCCUAAGUAUACAUCUUUGUAAAAUCUUCAUCAUGAAAUGGGUGUUUUUAGAAAGCACACACUGAAGAAGGAAGGGUACCUGGGAGGAUGCCCUUGUUGCUGUGGCUUGAGAUGCACCUUUUCUCCCGAACCCACUUCUACCCAGGACAGUUGACAGACACAUUAUGGCUAUUGAACAUAGGUGUAGUAGUAGUAGGAAUUUUCCUGUGAAUGAUUUUCCUAUGAAUGAUGAUAAUGAGCUUGUCACUUUAGUGAAAACAACUGGUCACAUUGGUUUUGCUAAUGAUAAAAUUCUAGCUUUCAAGAAAUGCUAUAGUUGUGGAAAACUUGUAUCUACCACUGUUGUAUUUACUGCUUCCCAGUGUUAAAGGACUUUUCUCAAUGAAAUCAGUUGGGGAUAUUCACAGACUAAUGUUGUGUAAUGUAGUAAAAAUAGAGGCUGUUACCAAAAACAGGCAUACAUAACAGAUUCAUUCAAAACGUAGGAUUGGAGUGUUAGAGAACAAUAACAUUUCUCAGUGUAGUGUCAGAUUUUACAGUGCACUCUCACUUUUUGAGAAACUCAAGGAGAUGGGCGUUUGGCCCAGCAGUUAAGAUGCUGCUUAGGAUGCCCACAUCUCACCCGGAGUUCCUGUAUUUCAGACCCAGCUCUCCCGUGUGGCAGCAGGUUCUUGAAUCCCUGCCCCCAGAUGGGAAGCCUGGAGUGAAUUUCUGGCUUCUGGCGUUAGCCUGGCCUGGCUCCACUUCUGUGGGCAUUUUCAGGGAGCACAUUAGCAGGAAGCUGGAUUCAGGAAUGGAGCUGGAACUUGAACCCAGGCCCUUCGGUAAGUGAAGUGGGUGUUCCAAAUGACAUGUUAACUGCUGCACCAAACACCUUCCCCAUUGUCAUUUUACAGUGCAUUAAAUGAAAUAUUUAAACAUUUCAACUUCAGUGACUGGUAGGGUAGAUUUCACUGGCUGUAACACACCUAAACAAAGCUUUUUGCAGUCUUCAGUAUUGUUUAAGAUAGCAAAGUGUGUUGAGAUCAGAAAGUAUGAGAACUGCUCGUUGAAGUGGUAGAACCACAAGCAGGGCAGUUUCAGAGAAAGAAUGUGCUGUACAGAGUGGCCACGCUCAUAGAUGGGCUCUACAUUUCCUAGUAGCAAUGGUUUCCGUCCCUUGGAAAUCCAGUAACAUGAGGCUGACAGUCGAGCUGUUUUGUUCAUUGAAGGUUAAAUAGUUGCAUGAUGUCAUGUUUUUAAUUUUUUCAUUAGAUGGUAUCAUGAAUGACAGGCGAAACUACCUCAAAUCAUUCCUUAGAAGAGAGGUGAACUUAUUUGAAGAUGCUAUCUUCUCCCUCAUCUGGAUAAAGUGCUCUUUACUUUAAAUGUCUGAAACUUUUUCCCUUAAACCUUUAAACACAUUUUCAAGUGUGUGUCUAAGCCUAAAAUUUUACAAUUAGAAAAGCAGUAAAUCUGAUUCGGAACAUUUACUUAGGCAUGAGACAGAUGGUAAUUCUAUAAAAAGAUGGCAUGUAUUUUUGGAAGUGCAAACAGAAAAACAGAUACUCUUAAAAAUUCCAGGGUAAUCUUUGCCUAGAAAAUGUUGGGGAGAGAUAAAAUACCAUAUGGUCUAAUAGACGUUUUAUAGUUUGUAAUAUCUAGGAUUGCAUUUUGUUUCUUUAAUAUUAGUUCUGAGCUGUACAUGGAUUGAUAGUUGAAAAAAUAAUACUUUUGAAGUAGACAAUUGCCAGGUACUUUUACUGGGAUUGCCAGUUUUUGUUUUGCAGGAAGCAAAACUAUUUGAACCCCAAAUUUGGUGGAGUUGAUUGAGUUCUCGCCAGCUCAGAGUCAGUGACUGAUUCUGCUCUCAGCGCAUUGUAUACAUCUUUUGACUUGGGUGGAAGACAUGGUGCUUAGACAGUGAGUUCAUCUGUUUAGCAACUUAGUGUUUAAAGUAACUGGUACUCCAAAUAAAAGUUUUUUUUUUUUUACAAUUUCAAUACUAUAGUAACGGUAAGACUUUUGAAAAUCAUUUUUCUUUGACUCCUGUCUUGUAUUACCAUGGUAUUACCAAUGGGUUUGUCUUGCAGCUUAUCCAUUUAUGUAUCUGUCUCUCUCACUGGAUUGAGACCCUAUGUAAUUUAUGAAUCCAUAUAUUCCCACCCAGUGCUGAGCAUGUUGCAAACCCCUAGUAAGUCCACACUGACUAUGACCAAAGCUAGAGCUGUGAUUUUCUGCCAAGACAUGGAGCGGCACUAACCUGUUGGGGAAGUAGAAUUUUUCCCAAGUUGAUGGUCUUGGUGUGGCAGGAUAUGACCAUAGAGGAAUGAAACAUUAUUCGUAGUUUAGUCAAAAUGUUUUUGUAAGGCAGUAUUGCUAUGAUCAGCUAAUGGGACUUGUAGGACCACAUUUUUGUUCUAUGACAUAAUGCAGAAAGACUAUAGAAUUGAAAUCCUACCAUUGCAACAUGAGAUAGUGUACUACAAAAGUUUAGAAAGUUUGUUUCUGGGUACAGAAGUAAAAAUUUGAUACGGAAUAUUGUAAAAAGAAGAAGAAUGAAAAGCAGUGAUUUUAGAAAUACUCUUCCUAAUCAUAAUCUUCAUCUCCUUGCACAUAGAUCUGAGUUUAAAAAAGGAAGUUUUGUGCAUGUCCUCUACACACGGAUGGCUUUCAGCCUGCACACGCUGUGCUUCUAACCUCUGUGGCACUGGGAGGUGACUCAGAGGAGCCGUGUUCUCAAAGAACUCUCAAGCAUAGAGGGAUGUUUAAAGAUGUUUAAGAGUGUUGAAGUGGCCUGGUUGGUGAUGAAUCAAGGGACUGUUACUCUGCCAGGUCUACGCAGAACUUCAUUGUUGAGUGCUUUGCUGGGACACAGACGGGUGCACGUCAGAGGAGGGAAGCCAUGAGAACUGAUGAUCAAGAUAACUGUGCAUUGGUAGAGUGGGAAGACAUGAACCCUGGCCAGCUCAUUAGGGAUGGAACAAAAAAGCAAGGUGCAGAAAGGAAGGAAGAAAAUGGCUUCACAGUUUAAAUGAAGCUGGAAAAAUGCAUCGAUGCAGCAUUGCAGCCUCUCCAAAUGUUUGGGAAUAAUAUUCCAGAGAGAAAUUGAUCCCCUUGGAUUAGAUAACUCGUCAUAAUGAAGAAAAUUAGUCUCAAAACCUUUCGGAAGUCUUUCAACUUGAAUAAAAGUAAAGAAGAAUCUGAGUUCAUGGUAGUACAACAGCCGUCCCUAGCCGGUGACUUUGGAAAAGAUGAUUCCUUGUUUGGUAGCUGCUAUGGUAAAGAGAUGGCCAGCUGUGAUAUCAACAGUGAAGACGAAAAAGGUGGGAAAAGCAGAUCGAAAAGUGAAAGCCUGAUGGGCACAUUAAAAAGACGUCUUUCUGCCAAGCAGAAGCCCAAAGGCAAGGGCAGCGCGCCCACAGGGGGCUCUGCCGACGAGGACACCUUCUCCUCCUCCUCCGCACCCAUCGUCUUCAAGGACGUGAGAGCUCAGAGGCCCAUCAGGUCCACUUCCCUCCGCAGUCACCACUACAGCCCCACGCCUUGGCCUCUUCGGCCUACAAACUCUGAGGAGACGUGCAUCAAAAUGGAGGUGAGAGUCAAAGCGCUGGUCCACUCUUCCAGCCCAAGUCCGGCGCUGAAUGGUGUUCGAAAGGAUUUUCAGGACCUUCAGUCUGAAACCGUGUGCCAGGAGCAGAGUAACUCGCUGAAGGGUUCGGACUCUCCGAACGGGGACUUGCAUCUUCACCUGGAUGAACAUGUGCCUGUAGUUAUUGGACUUAUGCCUCAGGACUACAUUCAGUACACCGUGCCUUUAGACGAGGGGAUGUAUCCUCUGGAAGGAUCACGCAGCUAUUGCCUGGACAGUUCUUCCCCCAUGGAAGUCUCUGCAGUUCCUCCUCCUGGGGGAGGGAGCUCUUUUCCUGAAGACGAAAAUCAGGUAGACCAGGAUCUGGUGGUUGCCCCGGAGAUCUUUGUGGAUCAGUCUGUGAGUGGCUUGUUGAUCAGCACCACAGGAGUCAUGUUGCAGAGCCCAAGAGCAGGUCAUGAUGAUGUCCCUCCACUCUCACCAUUGCUACCUCCAAUGCAGAAUAAUCAAAUCCAAAGGAGCUUCAGUGGACUCGCUGGCACAGAUGCCCAUGUGGCCGAGAGCGUGCGCUGUCAUUUGAAUUUUGAUCCCAACUCCGCUCCUGGAGUUGCAAGAGUUUAUGACUCAGUCCAGAGUAGUGGUCCCAUGGUUGUGACAAGCCUUACAGAGGAACUGAAAAAACUUGCAAAACAAGGAUGGUACUGGGGGCCAAUCACCCGCUGGGAGGCCGAGGGGAAGCUAGCAAAUGUGCCCGAUGGUUCUUUUCUUGUUCGGGAUAGUUCUGAUGACCGUUAUCUUUUAAGCUUGAGCUUUCGCUCCCAUGGUAAAACACUUCACACUAGAAUUGAGCACUCAAAUGGUAGGUUUAGCUUUUAUGAACAACCAGAUGUGGAAGGACAUACGUCUAUAGUUGAUCUAAUUGAGCAUUCAAUCAGGGACUCUGAAAAUGGAGCUUUUUGUUAUUCAAGGUCUCGGUUGCCUGGGUCUGCUACUUACCCUGUCAGACUGACAAAUCCAGUGUCACGGUUCAUGCAGGUGCGUUCUUUGCAGUACCUGUGUCGUUUUGUUAUACGUCAGUAUACCAGAAUAGACUUAAUUCAGAAACUGCCUUUGCCCAACAAAAUGAAGGAUUAUUUGCAGGAGAAGCACUACUGAGAGAAUGAGAACCCUGCAUCUUGCACUUUGGGAGUAAGAAAAAGAGAUUGAAAUACAGUUUACAAACCCAUUGCCAUCAGAAUCUUUUGCUGCCAUAACUGUUUUUUUUUUUUUUUAAUUUUUUGUAUGUAUAACAGUCAUCAGUUUGUUUAGGGGUGGGGAAGUGUUUGCAAGGUGUCCUGAAUUUAUUUUGGUUCUUUAAAAAGGGAAGUCUUGAGGUUGUAGAAGUAUGAAUUCUCUUUCAUCAGUGUGCAGAAUGAUCACAAUGUGAAUUAUAAGAUCCUCUUUAACGACCCCCUCCCCAGUCCUUUGCUGCUAUCCACUGUGAUUUUUAUGCAUUAAAAGCACAUUUCAUGUGUAUUCAGCCCUAAGUAAAGUAGAAUGAAACUUAUAGAAUGAAAAUUGCUGUCUUUUUAAGUGACCCAUCUUCAAAAGAUAGUACUAAGUAAACAUACCUGUGUGAUGAAACACAGAAUUUACAUAUACACUGAAGACGAUUUUUAAAUCUCAUACUUUGAAAGGAUUUAUUUGGAAUUAUGAGUUGACAUAAUCUUGGUAAUGGAAUGCAGAUCUGCAACAUAUCUUUUAUAACACUUUUCUAAAUUAUUUUAAGGUUGUGCUAAUUUUUUCGGUUGUGAAAAGUUGAAUUUUUCUGUUGCCUUCUUUCCCAUCUUGUAAUUUGUCUGUUUUAAUAAAUGGCCUUACAUUAAAAAAUUGUUAAGAAAUGUAUACCACCAGUUUAGAAAUUGUUGCCUUUUCUAUCAUUAAACUCGGGUACAGAUUGGCAUCAGUUAUAAAGACCUAUGGAUCUAGAACCAUAUUAAAGAAAUAUUAAUGAUCGUAGUUUCCUGUGAUAGCUCUCUGGUGUUACAUAUACUUUCCUUUGGUAAGAUGUUUUACCUAUGACUUCUUCAGCUUAGCCACCACUUUCUUGGGUGAACUUGAUUGUAAACUAAUUUUUAUAAAUGGACUGAAUUCCCAUUCAACAUUAAAGCUUAUUCUAUAAAGUUUUAAAUUGAUUUGGAUGGAAAGAAAACCGUGUUUUAAAGUUGAAUUUAUAUUUUUAUUUUAUAUAGUCAUUAUUCAAAUGUACUAGGUUUGACUACUCCUUCCCCCACUAAAAGCAGCCCUCAAUGACUUUAGUUGAAAAAUUGUGGAAAUCGUGGAGUGUCAUGUGAGAAAACUAUUAAAACCAUAUCAGAUAUGCCUACCAUAUAUCCUGCUAUUUAAAUUAGAUUUCUUGUUUCUUUUUUAAUUUAGCUAAAUAAUUUGGCCUCAGUAGUUAUUUUAUCUCUUUGAGUAAUAUGUUGGGGGAAAUGGGGAUGUUAUACCCAAUAAUUUUUAGUUGUUUUGAAAUGCAGAAUGUUUAUUCUUUUCACAGUUCUGCAACAUAGUAAUUUUAGAAUUGCCCCUUCCAGGAAAUGUUCCUAGCUACAGAGCUUUAAAGGAAGAUAUUUCUGUCUCAGAUGUGAGAUACGUAAUUUGAGAUGUUUCUUCCUUUUUCCUACUUCCUACUCCUUUAAACACAAGGGUAAGGGUCUUGGAUCAAACUUACUAGGUGUCAUUUGAACAUAUGUGUAUCCUCAGUUGUUACUCUGUUUGUGUUUUAGAGUUAGAACUGAGAUAAUACCAAGAAAAGGCACAUUGCCAUAAUAUGGUGUUAUGGUAUUUUGACUAAAAAGGGGAAAAGGUACUUACUUUUGGUGGAAUGUUGAUUGUACCUUGUUACAAUGACUCCUUUCAUUUUCUGAUGUUUUCACUUACCAUGGGAUAUGGAGUAUACUGUAAUAAUAUAAUUUAAGUGUUCACUAUAAGCUAUUUGGAUUAAAACUAUCAAACUAAUGGAAGACAUUUAAACUAUUUUUUUGCAAAACUAUUUAUUUUUAAACAACUUAAAAAAUAUAUCUAGGGUGAGUUAAAAGUCCCUGUGCAUCUAUAUUAGAUGGCGGGUAUUGUUGCAGAGUCACUGUGUAUGAAUAAUAAAUGUUGAGCUGGCUUCUCCGUGUCUGCAGAAGCGUGUCCAUGUCCUUCCGUGAGAUCCCGGUGCACAGACGUCUUUGGACUGCCCUAACCCUGUCUCAUGUGGACAGAGCCUAUUCCCUUCAUUUUCUCAUGGUGCCAUGUGUUUAAGAUCUACCCAUCUAGUCUCAAGAUUAUUCUGAUUUUCAUCUCAAUGUUUUCAAUAUUGUAUUUUGCCUUUUUUGAAGGGCAAGUCUUGAUACCAUUGUAAUUCCAAAAGCCAAUUUUUGAUGUGCUUUUCUGCGUUUGUAAAAUAUUUGAAGUCAUAUGGCUUUUUCUGUUCCAAUUUGAAAUUGUGAGGUUCUGUUAGUACUUGGAUAAAAAUCAGAAUAUUUGCCAAGAUGUGAAACAGAAAGGUAUAUUGCAUUAGUUUUUUUUUUUUUUUUUUUAAUGUAGAGAGAGAUCCAUUUGGCAUAGGUAGCAUAACAUGAUAUAAAAGAUUGUUGUAUGUGAUACUAGAACAGUCUGGCUAAGAGUGGAAGCAGAAGAAAGAGCGAUAAAUCUUCAUCCUGUAGCUUGGAUAAAUUUUUGGACUCAGUUGAAAGGUAACUUAGGUCGAAUAGACACAAUCUGAGUGAUUUCCAAAUUGUGCUUCUAAAAAUCUGAGCUCAAGGCGAGAAAAACACAACAAAGGAGUUGAAUCUAUUUGUUAUAAUGAAUGAGUCAGCUUUUUUUUUUUUAAUCAGCUAUUUCGUCACAAAACAUGAUAGAGGCCUGGAGCUUAUUUUCAGGCUUUUACACUAUUAUGUAUUUUUAUAAAUAAUAAGAAAGCUGUAGAAAGUACUUGAAAAAUAAUUUGCUCUUGCUCUUUCUGUCUAGCGAAAACUGGUCUCUUUCUACUUGGUGCAAUAAUCUGAAGAUGUGGAAGGUCAAAAACAUUAUAUCACAGGAAAUGAUCAAAGAACUAAAAAUAGUUUUUAAGGAAACCAGCUACACAGGGCAACCAUCUUGCUGUUGAAGAAAAUCAUGUGCCAAAAGCCUAAAUCAUUGGCAAUAGGAAAUUAAACAAGAAUAUUUUAUGAUUUCUGAGCCAGUGUUAUUGAAACAGGAUAAAAAUCACUAAAAUUUUAAAUAGGUUUAUGCAAUGUCUCUGCUAGCACUACAAGUCUAAAUAUCUUUCUAACAGUGCUUUCAGAAAUUCCAGUUUUAAUUACUGUACAUUUCACAUUGUAUAUGAGAUUGCUUUAUGAAUGAUUCAAAAAUAAUAUAUUUUCAUUUAAAUCUUCAUUGAUUUUCAUCAAAUGUGAAGUCUUAAUUUGAAAAUGAAAUCACACUGCCAGCAUAGACAGUUUUGCUGAAAUCACUAAUAAGGAACAAUAGCCAGUUCCGUAAGUAAUUCUAAAAUUCUAAAAUUGUUGGUACGCUAGUAAUUACACAUUUGGUUUCUUUUUAAUACUUUUUUAAUCCUGCAAGGAGGUUUUUAUAAAUACCCUUUUUAUUAAUCGUAACAUGGCCAAAUGCAUAGAUGCUGUUUCUGAGAAGUGAUUGAGACAUCCAGAGAUGAUGACUAAAAAUUUCUGCAGAAUUUUAUAAGUACACGUGUUGGGUUACAGAUAUUUCCUAGUCAUUGGAGUGCCAUGAAAUUAUACUUGCAAUCCAGAUUGCUGUAGUUUACACUUUUUCUGUAUGUUUCAAAUCAGGUGUGUACCAUUUGUACUGAACACCACAGAAUGAAUUAUCCAAAGUCCAUUGAUUUUAAUACGUGUUUUGGUUUGUAAACAAAUUAUAGUAAUUUCUUGCACAUUUUUGGAAAUUAAUUGUAUAAGAAUUUAUGUAUCUACUUCUAGAUACAGUGUGUAAAUAAAAAUUUCGUUCACAAGA